CAUUACAAUUGCUAAAUUUAAUCAAAUAUUGCAUGAAACAUACGCGUAAAUCUAAGCUGAACAUAGCCAUCAAUCUUGGUCUUUACACGGAUCUGUACAUGCGCGACUUCAUCGACCAUGUCUGGCAAGAAAGCAAAGGGGAAAUCCGACAAUUCGUUGGAAAAGGAGGACGUUCUCCAAGCAGUUGUUAUUGCAGAUAGCUUCAAUACUAGGUUUGCUCCUGUAAGCCUGGAAAAACCGCGAGCAUUGCUUCCUCUGGUGAACUGUCCAAUCAUUGACUACACGCUAGAGUUCCUUGCAACCAACGGUGUUCAGGAAAUAUUUGUCUUCUGCAGUUCACAUUCCAACCAAAUCAAACAUCAUGUUGAAACUUGUAAGUGGAAUGAGAAGACCUCCCCAUGCCGUGUCUUCCCCGUUGUAUCUGAGGGAUGUCAUUCUUUAGGAGAUGCUCUAAGGGAGAUGGAGAGAAAAUCACUGAUCAGGUCUCAUUUCAUCCUUGUUACAGGAAACCUAGUCUCCAAUCUCAAGCUUAAAGAGGUCCUAGAAAUGCACAAGAAUAGAUUCCAGAAAGACAAACUCUCAGCAAUCACACUUGUCUUCAAAGAGGUCUAUCCAGGUCACAGGUCAAGGUCAAGUGAGGGGGAAUUUGUAGUUGCCUUGGAUACCAAUCAACAAAUUAGUCACUACCAAAAGGUCCAGAAGAAGAAGGAGGUUCAUUUUCCAGCAAGAUUAUUUAAAGAGAACAGUAGAGUGAACGUGCGGUAUAAUCUACUCAACACUCAUAUUUGCAUCUGUUCACCGAGGGUGUCAGAGCUCUUUGUGGAUAAUUUUGAUUACCAAACCAUGGAUGAUUUCAUCAAAGGAGUCUUAGUUUCUGAAGAGAUUGAAGGUAAUAAGCUGUUCAUGCACAUCAUACAGGAUGACUAUGCAGGAAAUAUGUCCAAUCUUCCUCUUUAUGAUUCCAUUAGCAAAGAUGUGAUCCAUAGAUGGGCAUUUCCCAUGGUACCUGACAACCUCUCCGUUAGCAAUGCCCCGUAUUCAUUAUCAAGGCACAAUGUUUACCUAGCAAAGGAUGUCACAUUAGAAAGAGACUGUGUUCUCGAAGAAGAUGUUGUGAUUGGUCCAGGUACUCAUAUAGGAAUAAACACAAGAGUUUCACAGUCAGUUAUUGGCAGAAACUGUAAGAUUGGUGACAAUGUAGUACUUGAAAAUGCUUAUAUUUGGGACAAUGUAACCAUUGAAGCUAAUUGUCGAAUCAGUAUGGCUCUAUUGUGUGACAAUGUACAUGUGAAAUCAGAGGUUACAGUUCAUGAUGGGUGUGUCCUUUCAUUUGGGGUGAAAGUUGGCCCACAGGUGACACUCCCUACAGGCACCCUCCUGACAAGGAUCCCACCCUCGGCUCAGGGUGAGGAAGGGGAUGAAUUCAACGACACCAGCCCUAGGGAGGGGGAAACACCAGGGACGGGGCCGAUUGUUGAGGCCUACAUUGAUAGGAGGCUGGUGGGAGAGGAAGGGGAGGGCUAUGUAUGGAAACUGGAUUCUGAUGAGGAUGAUGAUGAACUGGUCCAGAAAAUGCUUGGUUUGAAUCUUGCACCAGAAGGAGAAGAGGACGAGGAUGAAGAAAGUGAAGAAUCAGACGAUGAUCUGGAUGAUGAUGGUCUGUCUCCACCAGCUUCUCCACCUCCUGAUGAUACAAAGUUGUUCUAUGGUGAAGUACUGGACAGUCUCCAGCGUACCAUAGAGGAGAACAUCAAAGUUGAUAACGUGAUCCUUGAAAUUAAUUCCUCAAAGUAUGCCUAUAACAUUGCCAUGCAUGAACUGAUAUCAUUAGUGAUGAAAGCUAUUUUGGAGAUGCCACAGCUGAAAGCAUCGGGUCCCAUGACAUCACAGCAGUUACUCUUAGCCAUCAAGAAGUUGUUUGUGAGAUUAAAACCACUCUUCACUAAUUACAUCAAAGGCGCUGAAUCUCAGAAGGAUUGUCUCAAUGCUCUAGAGGAUUACAGUCUGCUGAAUGAAUCAACAGCAGCCAUCUUUGCCAAGCUGGUUCACCAUCUCUAUGAUGCAGACAUCUUGUCUGAAGAAGUCAUUCUCAAAUGGUACGGCAGAAUGGACCAGGAUGCAGAUGCAAGGAGGCGUGAUGUUAGGUCAAAGCUUGCUCCAUUUAUCACAUGGCUUCAAGAGGCAGAAGAAGAGAGUGAUGAGGAAAGUGAUUAAAUGAUGAACCACUCACUGACUAGUAUCAUCUUCAACGGGUGUUGGUGUUGGUGGUGUUGCGAGCGAGGAUCCCAGAGAUGCCAAGUUCAAAGACCAGCUAUGCGUGAGAUUUUCU